AUUGACUGUUAAUAAAUUUAAAUGUAGUUUUUGUAUCUAAAAUAAACACAUUAAAAACAUUUCAUUUUUCUUAUGGUUAAUGUAAGGAAUCAUUUAGUGUCACACAAUCCAGCGAUUUUAGAAAUAACUUCAAUGUUAUCAAAUUUGUAAAUUAAAAUAUAGAAAAUAUGAAUUUGCUACCAAAAUCACACGAAGAAUUUAAUCAAGUUGAAUAUUGGAACACAUUUUUUAAAAAACGUGGUAAAAAGAAUUUUGAAUGGUAUGGAGAAUAUCCAGAAUUACGUAGUAUAUUUUUAAAAUAUAUAAAAGUAAAGGACAAUGUUUUAAUUGUUGGUUGUGGUAAUUCUACUGUUAGUAUGUGUUUGUAUGAUGCUGGUUACAGAAAUAUUACAAAUAUUGAUAUAUCACAUAUUGUUAUCAAACAAAUGUGCGAUAUUAAUGCAUCAAUAAGACCACAAUUAGUUUAUGAACAUAUGGAUGCUACACAAAUGACGUAUUCUGAUAAUACAUUUAAUGUUAUUUUGGAUAAAGGUACUUUAGAUGCUCUUAUGCCAGAUAAUAAAGAAGGAACAGUAUCUUCUAUUAAUAAAUAUUUUAAGGAAAUCACAAGAGUUUUACGUAAUGGUGGCAGAUACAUAUGUAUCUCCUUAUUACAAGAAUAUAUUUUAAAACAACUUUUAUCUUAUUUUCCAAGUAAUGGAUUUAUGUUUCGUAUAGUACGUUGUCAUGAAGCAGAAGAAAAGACACGAAUGGAAGAUGGAAGUUCAAUUCCAGUUUUUGCAGUGAUUGCUACAAAAGUUACAAAUCUGUCACAGACUGUUCUGGAAAUAGCAUUGGUUGAUGGUUCACCAAAGCGAUUAUCAUCAACAGAUGAUAUAAUAUCAGCUAUUCUGUCAGUACAACAAUCUUCAUUUAUUUUUAGUAAUCUCCAAAAACGUAGUGUAGCUGAUAUUGGAGAAAUUUCAUUAAAUUUACAUAGCCCUGACAAUAAACAUCCACGUUAUACAAUCUACGUUUUAGAUCAGCCCAAAGUACAUGGUACAAAAACUUAUGCAGCAUUUAUAGUACCACAAGGAAAAGAAACAGAUUGGUUAUUUAGUACAAAAGAAGGUAGACAACAAGUCCUUAAGAGUUCUCAACGUGAUAGACUUGCUAUUGUCACAUUAUGCAGAGAACACAAAUUUGAAAGUUGGGAUGCUGUAAAAAAUGAAAUUGAAGACUGUAUUUUAAAUUUGGCACCAGAAGGUUUAUCUAGAAAAACUGAUAUUCCAUGUCUAUCAUUGGGUUCUUCUGAUGUUGGGGUUAGAACAAUAUGCUAUGAAGGAAAAAGUGAUUUAAGUGGUCCUUUUGUUAUCGAAGAAAUUGAAAGAGAUGGUAGUGAAUUUAGAAGAUUAAUUUUUCUAAAUAAUCCUUACGUUAUACAGAGUGAAGGUCGUCUCAAGCAAGCUAAAUCUAGACGUGGAAAAAUGAAAAAAGUUAUCGAUCCUGGGUUUUUAGCGUGUGAUUAUCAUUUAUAUAUGAGUAUUGGUGUUAGUGCUGCGGUAAAUUUUAAAGAAUAUGACGAAAUAAUGAUUAUAGGUUUAGGCGGAGGUGGUUUGUGUACAUUUUUAUAUAAUUGUUUUCCUAAGUUAAAAAUCACUGCAGUUGAAAUUGAUGAAAAGAUGUUAAAAGUCGCAACUGAUUAUUUUGGUCUUAUCCUUGACAAUAGAAUGAAAGUUGAAAUUGCUGACGGUAUUCAAGUUAUCAAAGAAAAUACACUUAAUGGCAAAAAAUAUAAAGCUAUACUUUUUGACGUGGAUAAUAAAGAUACUACAGUUGGAAUGAGUUGUCCACCUAAACAAUUUCUAGAAAUAUCUAUUAUAAAAUCAGUUGCAGAAUGUUUAAUGGAUGGCGGUCUUUUUAUUUUAAACUUAGUUAGCCGAGAUAGGAAUAUUAAAAAAAAAGUGAAAAAUGACUUGAAAUCUGUAUUUCAAUCUAUGAUUUGUUAUUCUGUACAAGGUGAAGUAAAUGAAGUUAUAAUAUGUUCUAUAAAUAAAAAUGACGACGAUGGAUGGAAGAAUAUAUUACAAAAAGCUGUAUCGAUUUUAAAUGAACAAGUAUAUGCGAAAAGAUUAUCAAAUGAUGUAAAAAUGUUUGAUUUAUCAUCUUUUUUCUUUUUAUGA